UGCAGCCAGUUAUCGGGUGGCCAUCGUGAGGUCGAAUUGAAGUUUGGCUCAUUUUCAUUUUGGUAUUAUCUGUUACCACAGAUUCCUCUGGGAAUUCUCCUUUGGUCUUGUUUGUACAUGGGUGGCAAUGACAUUGUCAAAGUCUUUUAUUUUUUCCCGUAUGGUAAUGGACAAUGAAGCAUACAAGUCAAAAGGGAAAAAGAGACCUUCCACGACAGGGAACGAGUUUGCUGCAGCAUUCUUUUGCUUUCAGGGGGUGAAUGCAUUUUUGUUAAUGGAUUUUAUCAUUCGCUUGAUAGAUCUGAUUUGAUUCUUUUUUUAUUUGUGAUUUUGUCUGAAUGUGUUCUUAGCCUUGGCUUGUUUGUGAGCGAUACUUGUGGCUUUUAUUUUCUUGUUUGGAGAAAGAGUAAUGGGGUGUGCAUGAAUGAACAGAUUCUCUUUGUGAUAGUUUGUUUGGACUGCAAAACUGAAAUCGCGAUUCAAUUUCAAUUGAAGUUGAUCGAGAUACGAUGAUCAGAGUGACUCUUUUUCAAUAGAGUUAAAGGGUAGUUUGGUCAAUCCAUGUAAAUUUAGUGUCGCACUUUGGCGUUGAACAGGCAAAAAAGGCUCUGACGAACAGCUAACUUUCGGGAGAAGAAGGGACUCUGUAAGUGAUAAUUCAGCCAUAUUGGAAGAGAGUAUUAGUAUUUGUAUCUUCUUCAAAAUUUGACAAGGGAUGAAUGGCUUGUAGUUUUCCAGUCGCCUCUCGUGUGACACUUUUUAGUUCAUUUCUUUUAAAGAAAGUGCCAAAUUUUGUGUCGCCACGCCUCACCUUUUUCAAUGCUUAAAAAAUAAUCCUAAAUAGUAACAAGAAAAUAGUAAUGAUAAUGAUGAGAAGAAAACAGAUCGAAUUAAAUGAGAGGGGACGGGAGUGGUGAUAACAGAGGGCCAAUGAAAGAACGUCACAGCACAUGCAUUUGCAUAACAACGGUGCCCUGAUUACAAGAAAGCUCAAAAACUGAAAGGCUUCCAACUUCACAGCGCACAAUCUUCUCUUCUUUUGACAUCUCAAGUCUGAAUCAUCUUGCAUUUUGUUUUUCUUGUUUAUUUAAAGCCCAUAAAAAUAAAUAAUAAAAAAAGCCUCUUUUUUCGCUCUUUCAAUUUUUUAAAAAAGGCUCUCAAAAUCUCUGACUGAGUUCCGGUUAAUGCUUGGUUGUCUCUCAACAAUAGAAAGAGACCGAAUCAAACUCUCCUCCUCCUCCUCCUCUUCUCUCUCUUUAUCUCGGACGGAUCUCCCUUUAUUAUAUCUACUUCUUGAACACUUUUCUAAUCUCACCCGUUUCUUAUGUGUCUCUACAAUUUGUCAAUUUCUUUUCUUUUUCAUGCAAAUUCUACUCACUUUCACCACCCAGAUAGCCAGUUUCUCCAAUAACCCGCUACGCAUCAUUCCCUUUUAGUUUUCUAAGAUUUCUUUUCCUUUCUGUUCCAAAAUACACAGAUGGAGAACGAUCCAUUACUUCCAUAUCAUAGUCCACGGAAAAGAACACCACCGCAAUUGCCACCCAUUUUAUGCCCUUUGCCAGAAGAUGAUGAAGUAUCUCUGCCUCUAUCUAUAAGUCCGUCUGAGCUUAAAGAACGUCUUAUUUUUGGCCCUUCACCUUCUCCUAAUGAUUCUACUCCCGUUUUUGAAGCUUUAACACACUCUCUCAAUUCCCCAAGACCUUCAUGUUCUAAUCAAGAAUUCAAUUUUCAUGACUCACCCCGUCAUCAUCAGCAGCCGCAGUCUUGGUUAAUUGACCCCAAUUACUCAUGGACCAAGACCAAUUUGCAUAGAUCCAAAACGGCACCAGCUAUGGCUGUCAUUAAUGAUAGUCUUAAUUCUUCUCAUAUACCCAAGCCUCAAUUCGGUAGUCAAUCAAUAGUUCGUCAAGCUUUUGUUCUAUUGAUAUUAUAUUUGUCUUUUGGUGUGGUAAUUUAUUGGCUAAAUCGUGGUAAUUUUCUCGCAAAUGAAACACAUCCGGUUGUUGAUGCAUUCUAUUUCUGUAUUGUAACAAUGUGCACUAUUGGAUAUGGGGAUAUAACCCCGAAUAGCACUUCCACCAAAUUGUUUUCUAUUUUGUUUGUCUUGGUUGGGUUUGGAUUCAUUGAUAUUUUGCUUUCUGGGAUGGUUAGUUAUAUGCUUGAUUUGCAAGAGAAUUAUUUGUUGAGGAAUGCUAAGAGAGGAGGUGAUAAGGAAGCUGCUGGUUCUGUUAUAUUUGAUGUGAAGAAAGGGAGAAUGCGGAUAAGGAUGAAGGUGGCAUUGGCAUUAGGUGUAGUGGUUCUGUGUAUUGGAGUCGGCUGUGGUGUUAUGCAUUUUUUGGAGAAUCUUGGAUGGUUGGAUUCUUUUUAUCUAUCUGUUAUGUCGGUUACAACUGUUGGCUAUGGUGAUAAAGCGUUCACUUCAUUGCCAGGCCGCAUCUUUGCCUCAAUUUGGUUGCUUGUUUCAACGUUGGCAGUGGCUCGAGCAUUUUUAUAUUUGGCUGAAGCAAGAGUGGAUAAGCGGCAUAGGAGGAUGGCAAAGUGGGUGCUUGGUCAACAUAUGACUGUUUCUGAGUUUCUUGCUGCAGAUAUUGAUCAAAAUGGCUUUGUAAGUAAAUCAGAAUAUGUGAUAUACAAGCUCAAGGAGAUGGGAAAGGUUUCAGAGAAAGAUGUUCUGCAGAUAUGUCAGACUUUUGAUAGGAUAGACGCUGGCAACUGUGGGAAGAUAACCCUUGCUGAUCUGAUGGAAACGCACCAAUGAUACAUGAGUACCCUUGGAUGAUAGUACUAGGCAUGAGUAGGUGUCAGGCUGAUGACUUAAGGGCUGGUUUCUAUUCGAGUUGCAUAGAGAAAUGGUCUCUUAUAUGAACUUUGGGCCUGCACAGCUGGUCCUCAUUAAAAUCCAUCCUGACUGCCCAAUUAAUUGUCAUCUUGUGAGAGUUGAAAUGGCUCCUCAUAUACUGAAUGCUCUAUGUUUCUGUUGCCUGUCGAGUUGUAUAAAUCAUUCAGGUGCUUGAGGCUAUUGCGUGUUUUGGCAACUGAGAUAAGACUGGCUACUCGAGGAAGUAGCUUGGAUGAAUGGAUGGUGCAGACUGGAGGUAGAUGACAUAAAUUUUUCUUUAGCAUGAGCAAAUAGGAUAUAAGAUUAGUUCUUUUACAGAUGUCAAGAGAUAAGGCUCGGUGCUUUUAUAGUAUUCGUUGUUCAUGUUUUGCCUCCUCCUCCUCUCUGGUUCUGCACAGUGCGAAUGCAAAUUGUACAGACGGAGGUGGGUGUUCUCUCUGCCUCUCAUAAAGUAUAUUGCUCUCAUCAAGUUUGUA